AUGCACUUUGUGCCAAUGUUUUUAUUAAUUUUUGUUAUUGGAGGCUGUUUUUGCGAAAUAAACGAAAAUGUGACAAAAGAAAUUAAAACGGUGUCUACUUUGCCAACGCCGACAACGGAGUUUAUACACUCAACCAAGUCUAGCAUAAAACCGUUACAGACUACAGUGCCUCUCAGUGCUACUCAAACUACAAAGAAAAGUUUAAAAACAACGAAAGGGUACGCCAGUACUGAGACUACGACCACGACUCGCAGAACAACCACUCAAGUAUACUCGAAAACAAAAGACUUGCUGAAAAGUGCAAGACGGCAAAAGUUAAACACUAUAUCUAGUGCGCUCGGGAGUACCAUACAUACUUCAACCCGGCUACAAGACCGUCUAGGGGCUAUAGACUGUGAUCUGCCUGUGCUUCCGAGAGAGUCACGUUUGUGGCGCGGUAAUGAAACACAUGAACUGCAUUUGCCCGUUACGGACUGUGUUAAGGGUGGAGCAGGGGGGGAAUGCCCCCCAGUCAUCGUGUCAUGGGAGGGAUCUGCUGACAUUCAAAGUGGAGAUAUUCUUAUCGUCCGCAUCGCAGACUCUUCACUCGAUACCUUUGUUCACGUCGAAGCUAAUGAAACUACUAACAUUACCACAUCUUCACAUACUGAGAGGUCACACCAUACGGCACUCCAACCAGCAGUAUAUCAAGUAACUCGCCAGGGUCAUGAGCAUUGUGAUGUCACUGAUGGCAUGUUACUUGAUAUUACCCCGCUUGAUGAAAAUGGGGCCAAAAUUUUUACACUCUACGAUAAAGAUCUUACAGAAGGCGUUAACUUACUAAUAGUUGUUUCUGAGAACUGGGGGUCGCAGUGCGUCCGCUUGAGAGUAACCGUAAAAUCGGACAACUGUGGAGAGUCUCAAGAUUGCACAGCAAAAGGCGUGUGCUUCACAAAUGUGUCAAUGGAAGGUUACGAGUGCCAGUGCUGUCGCGGGUACGCCGGGCAACAUUGUGAGGAUAAAGACGCGUGCAAUCCAUCACCCUGUUUGAAUAAUGGCAUAUGCGUCGACCUCACGCAACCAUUGAAUGGGGCUAACUAUCACUGCUUAUGUCCGUACGGCUUUACAGGAAGAAAAUGUGAGAAAGAUCCUUGCUAUUCAGAGCCUUGUGUUAACGGUGGUUCGUGUAUGAGUAUGGCACUGAAUGGUUCGACAACUUUUCAUUGCGCGUGUGCUGAGGGAUGGACCGGAUCUAACUGCGAGAUACCAGCCAAUGGGGGUGUGUGCGAUUCAAAACCUUGUGUAAAAGGAAUUUGUGUUGAAGAUGUUAAUAACGAAGAUGGACAGAAGUAUCGCUGCUUUUGCGAGCCAGGUUACACAGGGGACCGAUGCGAGUUAGAGUAUAAUGAGUGCGAAUCGUCACCAUGUGUAAACGGAGGCACAUGUACCGACCGUGUCGGUGGGUUUGAAUGUGCAUGUGGCCGAGGCUACACUGGCAACACUUGCCAAUCGAAGGUGGACCUCUGCUUGUCGAACCCCUGUCAAACACCGCGUUAUUGUGUGGAUCGUGGCAAUACCUACACUUGUGAGUGUCCCAACGGCUACGGUGGUGACGAAUGUCACAUAUCAGCUUCAUCGGUUUGCGAUAACAACCCUUGCGCUCAUGGUGGUACAUGUUGGAGCGGUGUGGACUCUUAUUACUGUUCUUGUCGACCGGGAUACACUGGAAGACUUUGUGAAGAGGAUUUCAUACUCGAAACAGUUGUGGAUAGUGAAAGUGAGAUGAGUGAAGAUUCUCGCGGAGGCGGUUCCGUCCGUGAGAUGCGUCUCCCGCUCGGUCUCUACCACGACCGUCUGCACAACGUGUACAUCGCAGCCGGUACUCUAGGCGCAGCUAUCGCUAUCGUCGGUAUUGUGGUGACAGCGUGUCAUUGCCGAGUAAACAAAACUUACUCACGCAUUUUGUCUCGCUUGUCCCGAGUGACGGAGCCGGGUCCGCCACACCACUGGCUGCAGGACAAGCGUGCGCCGUCUGCCGCCUUCCACCCGCCAGCUCUCGACACUACCGACAUGUACUACACCCUCGACUUCAGCGAUAGUCAGAGCUCCCCACUCAUACAA